GGCCGGUCCAUGGGUAGAAGGGAUUAUUCUGUGAUACCAAUCGGUCUAGUACAAAUACCCUCCCCCUUCCCCGUCGGAACCAAAUAGACAGCAGUCGCAAGGCCUAACAAUUGAUUCCUAUCCAGCUAAACUAAAACUUCUUGCACUAUCCUUUCAAAUCAUUUCAAACCUCUUUAAAAAUAUGGAUCUCAGCCUCCGCGAAUAUGGCUACCCUAACCUCACGGUCCCGAUAACAGUGAACAUCGGCACCCUCACGACCUCAGCUUCCAGAACACCAAUGGCACCAAUGGCCCAAUUCGGAGCUUUCAUCUCUGCAUAUCUCAGCGGCCCAAAGGCCUCGGAAGCAGGCGCAGCACUCGAGGCAACUCUCUCUGCUGAACCCUUCUCAACCUACAGCCGACACUUAAUCAGCCAAGUCAUCCAAGAAGUUGCCGACGAAUCUGCUGCAAGCCUAGCAUCAGAGCUCCUCUCCAAAAUCCAGACGAAGCUCGGCAUCCAGCCGGAUACGGAGGUGAAGAACGAUCUGUCCAACUUCGUCCAGGAGAGUCUCGGGGCCUUUUAUAAGGCUGGGGACGAGCGAGUUAAUAGAGUGAUUCAGGAGGCCAUGGAGAAGGGUGAUGAGCUCGUGGAAAAGUAUCGAAUUGAGCAGGAGCUUGUGCCGAAGUUUGCCCAGAUAGGGUUGUAUGAUCUUGUUGUUCUUUGUGGUGAGUCCGGGUUUCCAACUUCUCCACCGAUAGUAAUGGCUGAAAUGUAUGUCUAGACGACAGCGGCUCAAUGGCGAGUGAGAAACGCAUCCAAGGGCUUAAAGACGCAGUCUUGCGCUUUCAUGAGAUUGCCACAGCAGUCAAUUCCGAAGGCAGUUUGACCCUCCGUUGCUUCGAUAACCCGAACCUCACUGGAUUGGACAACAUUACUUCCAGAGAGACCCUCAGUCAGAAACUUGACGAAAUCCAGUUCAACACUGGAUUAAGUGUCCCCACUCCCCUCAUGGAAAAAAUUCUCAAGCCGUUGGCAUAUAAAGCUCAAAACCGCCAGCUCGAGAGCCCUACCAUUAUCGUUGUGAUCACUGACGGAGGGGUAAGUAUUCUAAACCUUCAUAAUUUUUCACCCAAAUGAUGCAACCCGCUUAAGAACGUCUGAUAAUAGGCUGCCCCCGAAGAAGCGACAACUCUGGCCAAUAAUAUCGAAGUCUUUAAGGCCAGCCUCCGAGAAAACCACUACACGGGCCCCGCCGUGUCGAUCAUCAUCUGCCGGGUUGGCACUGACCCUGCUGCGGACACGUUCUUGGGGCAGUUAGAGCAGAACGUGAGUAUUCAGGAUACGCUCAUUUGCUGUAAGGACGAUUUGAGUGCUAGGAUGGUGCGAUAUGGGGAUGAUGGUGGGAGGUACACGGGUGAAGUAAGCUCUUCCAGACGCUGCUGUCUUCGUGCGGAGUUGUGGUGCUAACAGUGGCUGUGAAUAGUUGGCCAAGCUCUUGACGGAUGCCUUGAGCCUUCAGUCAAAGUAAGGACCGGUUGGUCGAGCGGAGUUUGCACCAACUUCAUGGGUUAUUUCUGAGGGAUGCUGCUUGCUGUUAGUCGUUUUCGCUCUUCUUGGGAGAGGUGCUAGUGAUUCUGUUGGUGAUAUUCAUUAUCUCCAUAUUCAUUCUUUUGGUUUUCAAUGCAUUGCCUUUAUCAAGU